CAGUGAGAUCCUUCGACUGAGUGAGCAGCGCCACUGGUAAAGAGCUAACAUGACAGAGAAAAAGCAGACCGUAGACUUGGGUUUACUGGAGGACGAUGAUGAGUUUGAAGAAUUCCCAGCCGAAGAUUGGUUGGAUGAAGAUGAAGAUGCUCAUGUCUGGGAAGACAACUGGGACGACGACAAUAUAGAUGAUGAUUUCUCAAAUCAGCUCAGAGCGGAGCUGGAAAAGCACGGUUACAAGAUGGAGACGUCAUAGUGGAUCACCAGGCUUCCAGUAGUCAGUGAUGCUGGAUAUGGACACUUAUAUUUGAUUAUUACUGGCUCAUCACAAGAAGAUCUGAAGAUGUUCAUUUGUUUAAUUUUAGUUUUUUGGUAAGAAAUAUUGGAAGUAAAGUCUUGGAGAAAAAUUCUUUGAGUAUUUUUUU